AUGAUAAAAGCUCUCCUUCCCAUUCCCUCGAUAUGCGGAUUCACCGGCGUGGAAUGCUGGAGCCACGACGAGAACAGGGUGCUCUCUCUGCGCCUUUCCAACUUCGGACUUGAAGGCCCAUUUCCUCGAGGUCUCCAUGACUGCACGAGCAUGAUCGCGCUGGACCUGUCAGGCAACAGAUUCUCAGGGCCGAUCCCAUCCUGCAUCGCGCACGACGCGCCGCACCUGGACCUCUCGAACAACAGCUUCUCCGGCGAGAUCCCGGACAGCAUCGCCAACAUGGUGUACCUCAACGUGCUCAACCUCGAGUACAAUCAGCUCGGCGGCCAGAUUCCGGAGCGGUUCAACGCGCUUCGCCGGCUAACGGCGUUCAGCGUCGCGGACAACCUGUUAUCGGGGCCUGUUCCUGCUUUGCUGCGGAAGUUUCCGGCGUCGCAUUUUGCUGGCAACCAGGGGCUGUGUGGUGCACCGCUGGACGAGUGCCCCGGGAAGGGACGGGGAUGGGUGCGGAUCAUAGGAAUCAACAAUGAGUCUAGUAUCGGAGCGGCUGUCGGGUUCGUCGUGGGGUUCGUGGCGGCCUUCUACUCCCUGCACUGGGUCGUCUUCUCCACGAGGCUCCGUGCUUACGGCUUCCGCGUAUGA